CAUGUGAUGCAGUUGCAACAUACAAUUUUGAUUGAGAUAGUAUUUACAUUCAGAUUUAGUUGAACGAAAUUGAAGAUUGAUCCACUGCUUUUUAUUAAGGUUAUAUCGGCGAGUUGAGCUUUUUUUGCAAGAGUUACCACGCGUGCAUCGCAAGUAAACGGUUCAAACGAUAUGCGACUAGCGAAUAAUUAACCGUGCCGCUUAUGUCUGUCAACACAUCAGAAGACUCAACGGUGAACGAACAGUUCAUCCAAGUUGUACAAAAUAUUCCUAUUCUGUGGAAUAUCCACUUGCCCCAGUACCGAAAUCGAGAACUAAAAGACCAGAAAUGGAAGGAGGUUGGAGCGUGCUUCAACCUUUCCGGUUCCGAUGCUUACAAAAAGUUUGUAUCUUUACGGGAAAAAUACAAACGGCAGCAGAAACUUGCUGAAUCUAGAAAUUUAUCACCCAGCGAAUGCUGGCGCCUAUAUGAUAGAUUGAAAUUUCUUGAUCCAGUUUCUUUCUCGCGACACCGGCGUAAUGAGAAAUCCAAUCCGGUUAUUGUAGGAACGCCUUUAUCCAUAGCAUAUGUACCUAAACCAAAUAUCACUGGUUUAAUAAAAACCGAGUUUCUUGAUGGCAAUUCGGUCUCAAUUCCAUCCUCCCCUGCCCAACAACUAUCAGACAAAAUUUCCGAAAAUGAAUCUACCGAAGCUUUUCAGGAUAAUUCCGCCUGUUUUAAUGACGUCACUAUGUACGGUUCUAAUUUGGAUGAGUCCAAUGGCGGUGAAAACCAGCACGUGCUUGAAACAGAAAGCCAUCGAAGUUCUGCGCAAGUAGACCAAUUUCUUACCAGAUUGGAAGCAAGAACGAGCGCUAUUCUGGAUGAGUGUACGCGAUGGAACACUAGUUGGUCCAGGUGUGAAACUUUGGGGAAUCGUGUAGCGCAGACAAUGUACGCACUGGAGGAGAACGAUCCAGACUUGGCGCUGAAGUUUGAUAUUAUUCUGAGCGAAGCAAUUACCAGUAUUAAGAAAGACCAGCUCGAAAGGGUUACGAGCCGACGGAAACAACAGGAGGAACGACAGCAGUGAAAUAGCAGAUAUUUAACCGUUACAGAAUAUUAUUUAUUUGUAUGACACAAUAUAAAAAAAUGGGUACAAUCCACAUAAGGGUAAGAUCCGAAGUAGGAAAAUUGUUUAUAUAGUUUUAUAAUGCUAGUUUUGGUUGUAUCAAGCACUGUAAAACUUAGAUAUAACCAAUUUUGUUACUUGGGAUGCAGCAGAUUUACAAAUGAAGCAAAACAAAUCCGAUUGGCCAUGUUGGUUUUAUUGAGUUCCAUGCUAUCAACAAAUCUUUACGAGUACCGCGAACAAUCAGCAUUAUUGUUGACCGUGGACAUCGAUAAAAUUCUCAGUUUUUCCACUGAGGUAAAAUAGAAAAUCAAUAACUAUUCAUUGCAAAGCUCUUAGUAUGCUUUCUUGGUUGUUUUCAGCUCAUUGCAAGUUUUUCCUCAAAAGUUUCAGUACAUAUUCAACUAUUUUAUCAGCACUAAUUCGUUUC